CUACAUCCAUCUUACUUCUACAGCCUGCCAAGGAAACGAGAUAGCGGACGUCACUCCUCGCACUGUUGCAUCCGACUGGGAGCCCAGCAGAACUGCAUAUUGCCUAUCGCUUUUCAUCCCGUUAUACAUUUAACGUUUAUGUCUUGGGGCCCCUUCUGGGGCCAGUUGAAUUGCAAUGAGCCAACAGGAACAGUUUAUAGGUCUUUGCCUAGCCCUUAGCUCAUCAAUUUUCAUCGGCGCUAGCUUUAUUGUGAAAAAGAGAGGGCUCCGGAUUGCAGCAGCGCAAGGGCUGAGAGCGGGGGCCGGUGGAUUUUCUUACCUGAAAGAGCCAGUCUGGUGGGCCGGGAUGAUGUCUAUGGUGGUGGGCGAGGCGGCAAAUUUCGCGGCUUAUGCUUUUGCGCCUGCGAUCUUGGUGACGCCGCUAGGGGCGCUCAGUAUAAUCGUCAGUGCCGUGCUUGCACACAUCGUGCUGCAAGAGAAGCUUAACAUGUUCGGCAGCCUCGGGUGCCUUCUGUGCAUCACGGGAAGCCUUACAAUUGUGCUCCAUGCUCCACCGGAGCGCCAGCUUAACUCCGUGAUAGAGGUUUUCCAGCUAGCCAUGCAGCCCGCGUUCCUUGGAUAUGCCGUGUUCUCCGUGUGCGUCAUUAUUUUUUUAAUCCUCUUCGUGGCGCCCCAGCAUGGAACCAGCAACAUAUUCGUGUACCUGGGUAUUUGCUCAUUGGCAGGCUCGCUGUCUGUGAUGAGCUGCAAGGCUUUGGGAAUCGCACUCAAGCUGACAUUCCAGGGUGACAACCAGCUCCUAUUUGGGGAAACGUACGUCUGCAUUCUGGUGGUGGUAGCGUGCGUCAUGACCCAGAUGAACUACCUCAAUAAAGCAUUGGACCUGUUCAACACUGCUAUCGUAUCUCCCGUGUACUACGUUAUGUUUACGUUGUUAACCAUUUUAGCAUCCAUCAUCAUGUUCCGGGACGUCCAAAGCGUAGAGCAAGUUCUGACCGAGGGCUGCGGCUUCGUGACCAUCGUGGCCGGCACCUUCCUGCUCCACGCCACGAAGGAUCUAGACGUGACGAUCGUAGACUUGGGCCGGCUAUUAAAAGACAAGGACACCACAAUCGGCAUCUUGUCACCGGGAGCCCCGCACUCGCAGCGGCGCGCACUUCUAGAUCUAGACGAGGGAACACCCAUGCUUCUUCACUCAGUCGACGUCGAGGGCUCGUCAGCCACCGAUGCGAUUUUGGGGAGCGGUCCCAGCACCAACGGCCGCAAGCUGAUGGCUGGCCAUUUACCCAAGAGAUGACGACGUCUUGACCGUCCUCAGCAUGCGACCCAGAUCGGCUGGGAUAUGGGUCCGGCUAGAGAGGCGUUUUGCAGGGCACAGCGUCGAUGGGGCUCGGCAUCGGUGGAAAUCCCCAUUUUUGGCAAACGCCCCCCCCUCAUGCAUGAUUGGGGAUCAUGAAGUACGCCGUGAUUCCGAAAGGCUGGCUAUUUUAAGUAGUGCAAGCGCAGCGUGGUCUUGCUGUAGCAGCGUAAACGAACGAAGUCAUGGCACAAGGUCCCUCGUCUUCAUUUUUACUGACGGCAUAGACUCGACGGUGGUUGGCCACAUGCGCCAGCACCCGGGUAGAAAAUACGUAGCGCCACAAAUUUGUGCUUGGAGCUGCACUGAUUGAUGGGCGUGGGACUAGUUUCCCAAGUCUCCCAUCAUGCUGAGGCUGCGGGGUCUUGGAUGACUAUUAACACAAAGUCGUCCUCUGAAAUGAUUGAGAAUGGGGUGCAGCGGUGGUGGAAACGGGCCGUCAAGGUUUAGGUGCAGCAGCAGGGAGGUUUGUUAGUCUGGGGGCGACUAGUACGAUGCAUGGGUUGUAGUACCCUUUUUAGAUUCGUUCUUUGAGCCUCCAUUGGCUAUGUACUUAUCUAACUAUGGCUAAGAUAAACAGGUAUUGCUUACUUGCAGCCACCAUGAUUUCGUGUUUAUGAGACCGGACU